AUGUCCGGAGCAUCCCUGCCCCAAGAAGCGUCCGAGGCCCUCGAGGAGUACUGGGGCGAUGAGCAUGGACUGAACAAGGGCCUGUUCAAAGAACUAGGCGUCGUCUCCAAGCUCGCCGUCAAGACCUAUGGCUCCCCUGCCGCCGCCGUUGGCCCGGUCAACGUGUGUCUGGCAGAAUGCUGCAUCGCCCUGACCAAGCUCUUGAGACUCCCCGAAACCAACCCGCAAGCCCAUGUUUGGAAUCAGCUGCUGCGCAUCGUGGCUGUUGCCGGGCAGCUUACUUUCGAGCUCCGGGUGCAAGCCGGCGACAUCAGACUGCCCACAGUGCACCUAGAGCGCCAGGCAGUCGUCCUGUCGGUGUCCAAAUCGCACCGCUUUCACUACGAGUCGCACCUUGAAGAACUCUUUCGAGUCCAAGCCCUCGCCACUGUCGACAUCGAUCCGGCGCUCGGCCUAGAGGGCGACUCGUGCAACAGCGGCAACGGGGACCCUGGCCCUCGAGCAAGAAGACUGACCCGGGUAGCCGAGGUCACAGGUGCUUUCAACCCGCCCUACCACCUGCGCAUCUUUUGGGGCGACGAGUUGGGCACGGGCGUCUCCAAAGGGGGGAUAACCAUUGAGGGCAACCACGCAGACUCGGUCGUCUGCAUCCUCACGUGUCUGCGGAAAUUCAUAUGUGACGAGAAAACUCGAGCCGCACCCCCCUUUCUUGAGGUGUCUCCUGCCAUGAAAGCCCUUCAUUUUGACGACAUCAAGGUCCGCGUCACAGCCAACGAGAACGACCAAGGCGUGGAUGCGCGACAGUCGCUCCCAUUUCUCUUCCAGCUCGCCGAAGGCUUUCUCGGCUACCGGCGCGUCCAUACUGGCCACGAGAUUUGGGAAUACAGGACGGACGCUCCAUUCGAGGGACCAUCUGGGUGA